UCAUCGCAUCGUGCAUUUCUAUCCUCGUCCUCCAUGCCGCCGGACUUGUCAACAAUUGAAUUUGAUCCAACACGUGGCAUAUACCUUGCUCUUUGGCUGGACCCAGUCAAGAUGGCGGAAUGCGUUGACAACCCUCGCGUGCGAGCGGCAGCACGCAAACUCUCUCCUCGCAAGUAUAUUGCACAUGUAGAUGCGAAUCUAGAUUUCCCCAUGCCCGAUCGUCCAUGGCAUCGUAGCGUCAUACGAUUUGUUGGGAUGGGUAUGCCGGAAGACCAACCAGACCAACAGAUAACGUCCGACAUGUGUGUUCCUAUAUAUCCGGCAAGCCGACAUCCCACAGGACGCGAGCCUCUCCGUCUUUCACAAUCGUUCCCAUUCGCGAACUGCUAUCAGUAUUCUCAUGUCUCCGCAACGGUGCGCAUCUCUACCGAGUUGAGGGACUACAGAGACGCCAUAUCGCUACCUGUAUCAGAGAUCCUCAGAUAUUAUCGCUUAUUGGAUGAAGAUAGAAGCAAGCAAGAUACUCUGCGUGACCAAACAGGUCAUGUAUAG